CCCAUAGCCCCGGGAGCUUCCUCUUCCUAUCUCGCCGUUCCCGGCGGCGGUCCCCGGUCCCUGGCGAAAAGCCGUGCGGUCUGGGGACGUGAGGCGGCCCUCCGGCAGAGUGAGGAGCUGGGUGCCCGGGGCCGGGCCGCAGGGGAGAUGCCGUGUGAGCGAGUGACGGGCAGAUUUUGUGUUCCCCUCGAGCUGGCUGCUCUCCCCAUCAUGGCUACUGGUGAAGAAAUGCUCCCUGCCUUGCAGGACUCCUGGGGGGACUUCUGGCUCUUCCGUUUCUUUAUUAACGCUGCUGGCUAUGCGAGUAUUGUAAUACCAGGAUUCCUUCUCAUUCAGUACUUCAAGAGAAGGAAUUACCUGGAGACAGGCCGAGGCAUUUGCUUUCCUGUCAUCAAAUCAUGUGUGUUCGGCUCUGAGGUGAAGACUGUACAUGCAGAGGAUGGCUCCCUGCCACCCCGAGCAGAGCCUACAGAGUCCUCUACAGCCCGACAGAUCUUGAAGCUGCUCUUCUGUGCUGCUGGUCUACAGGCCUCCUACCUCACAUGGGGUGUUCUCCAGGAGCGCGUGAUGACAAGAACAUACGGUGCUACUGAGACGGACCCUGGUGAGAAGUUCAAGGACUCCCAGUUCCUAGUGUUCAUGAACCGCAUCCUGGCCUUCACUGUGGCUGGUCUGUACUGCGCCUUGACCAAGCAGCCGCGCCAUGGGGCUGCUAUGUACAAGUACUCUUUCGCCUCCCUCUCCAACAUCCUCAGCAGCUGGUGCCAGUACGAGGCUCUCAAAUACAUCAGCUUCCCCACCCAAGUGCUGGCCAAGGCUUCUAAAGUGAUCCCUGUAAUGAUGAUGGGUAAACUGGUGUCACACAAGAGUUACGAGUACUGGGAAUACCUGACAGCUGCCCUCAUCUCUGUGGGGGUCAGCAUGUUCCUGCUCUCCAGUGCUCCCAACAGACACGUGUCCACUGUCACCACUUUCUCUGGUGUAGUCCUCCUGGCCGGCUACAUUGUCUUCGACAGCUUCACAUCCAACUGGCAGGAUGCCCUCUUCACCUACAAGAUGUCUCCCGUGCAGAUGAUGUUCGGUGUCAAUGUCUUCUCCUGCCUUUUCACAGUGGGCUCGCUCUUGGAGCAGGGUGCUUUGCUAGAAUCAGUGCACUUCAUGGCUCGUCACUCGGAGUUCACGGCCCACGCGGUGCUGCUGUCAGUGUGCUCUGCCUGUGGCCAGCUCUUCAUCUUCUACACCAUCAACCAGUUUGGGGCAGCCGUCUUCACUAUCAUCAUGACUCUCCGCCAGGCCUUUGCCAUUCUCCUCUCCUGCCUCAUUUAUGGGCACACUGUCACUGUUGUGGGUGGGCUGGGCAUAGCUGUUGUCUUUAUGGCACUCUUCCUCCGCGUCUAUGCCCGCAGCCGCAUGAAGAAGCGCAGCAAGAAACUACCACCAGGGGAGACCGCUGUCCAAAAGGUCUAAGGAGCUGAGGCCAGGGUCUCUGAGCUGUGCCUGCUGUCCUGCCUCUGCUGGGGGGCGCUUGCUUGAUCUAUCAGAACCCACUGAGGAGCCAGGUGGAGUAUUGUUAGGCUGGCCAAGUGACUCAAUUUUCCACCUGCUUUUCCUGGGGAGGGGGCUGCAACAAGCCCAGGGAAUGCUCUGGGCUGCCACAGCUCCAAACCUUACUAUUUGCCUUAAUAGGUGAGAGACUUCCAGCCAAGACACGGACCUAGGGGCUUGCAGCUGCAGGGGCAAACCAGCAUGGGGCUGCUGGUGCUCCUGCCCCACCUGUGUCAUGGUUUCUCUCUAAGGUCAUUGAUUGAACAAGAGAGAUCUUUUACAUGGCAACAUCUUCCCUCCAGCUUACGCGCCUCCAUGUCUGUCACUACUACAGAGCUCAGCAGGAGGAGGGAGCAGGAAAAACACUAGCUCUGUCUUUGGAAUGUCUCUAUAUGAGGCAAAAUCCUGAGCUGAGCCUGGGGUAAGUAGGACAGAAACUCCCGCUCAGUCACUCCAGCCUCAGGCUUUCUUCCCAGGAGGUGCUCAGGUAGGAGAGGCACAGCUCAGAGAGGACCUGUCCUACCACAGGCCUGGGAUCUGCUCUGGGAGGGCAGGCUGGAAUCCCAGUUUGGUUUAUCAGUCCCUUACCCCAGCUCUAAGCCAAUUUUCUUUGCUCCUCCUAGCCCAGGCUGAUUUUUAUGUGGAGAUAGAGGCUGGCUGAUGCAUUUCCCAAGGCUUGCUGAGUUAUUCUAGGUUGCUUUUCAUUUACAUCUGCUGCUGUUACAGGCCAAAGGCUACAGUGCCCAGAAUCCCCAGCAUCUCCUCAGGGUGCCACGGUUUCUGGACUCUGUAAUUGCCAUUCAGAGAAGCACAAACACCCGCUUUUUUUUUCCCUGCCAACUGGAAGUAUCAGCCCCACCUUUCUUGGGGCCUUAUCAGAGCCCCACAGUGCCUGGAGGUCUGCAGGAAGGGACAGAGCCCUCUGUCAUGGCUCAUCCCCUCUCCACAGGCAGCAGAGGAUGGAGGAGCAGGUGCCUGCCCCCAGGCAACAGGGGAUGUGGUAGUGGAGGCUGCUCCCACUGCUCUUCCCCAAAGCCUGGGUUGUACCCAUUAACCCUUUUCUCCCCAUCACAGCCUGACUGACAAGUCAGCAAUUUUGGUACUUUUGAAAAGCAACUUUUUUCUUUUUAUUUUAUUAAAUUAAAAAUAUGCUGCAUAUAGUA